AUGGCGGCGAAGGUGAUGACCAACGGCGAUGACUUGACCGAGGCCGCCGUUCCGGCGCUGAAGGAGAAGGAGGAGUGGCCCUUGUGGAAGCUGGCGAUCCUCGGCCUGCCCCAGGUGAGCGUCCAGAUGAUCUGGGCCUUCUUGGGGCCGAACACCGCGACCUUCCUGGGGCGCUUGGGCGCGCCGGACCACGUGGCGGCGCUGCUGCUGCAGUGCGGGCCGUUCACAGGGUUCUUUGUGGGGCCCCUCGUGGGCGCGAUCUCCGACAGGCUCACCUCGCCCUUCGGGCGCCGCAGGCCCGUCAUCUUCGUGGGGCUGGUGUCCACGUGGAUUGCGGGGAUGCUCUUUGCUGGGGCCGACUACGUGGUACCGGGCGAGAACGCCUACUGGUUCGCCGGCGCGAUGCUUCUGGUGAUGGACGUAACGAUCAACGUCUUGCAGACUCCGCACCGUGCUCUCGUCGCAGACCUGGCCUCCGAGAAGCAGACCCUCCCCACGCAGGUCAUCUUCGUGUGCCUCAUGAGCGUUGGGAACGCACUGGGGUUCACAAUGAUGAAGCUCUACCCUAAAGCCAUCGCACACAUGGUCGAGCUCAUGAUCCUCGUCUGUGCCCUUAACACCCUUACUGUCGGGAUCCAGUUUGCGGUGGCAAAAGAGACACCAAUACACUUGGAGCCUGGUGAACGUCCCAGCGUGUUUCAGCCAGUCAUUGAUGUUGCCCACGCCGUCACAGGCAGCCCCAAAUUGCUCUACCACCUGGCAUUCGUGCACUGCCUCGUAUGGGCUGGGCUCACAGUGUGGAACUCGUUCGGGGGACAGUGGUUUGGCGUGUCGGUGUACGAGGGCGACUUCAGAACAACUGCAACAAAAGAGGCGGCGGACAGGUGGGACGAAAGCCAGCGGACAUUCUCCACCGCGGGCCUGGGGAAGUCCGCCGUUCAGCUGGUGACCUCGCUGCUCAUCAUCUUCGUCAUGAUCAACAAGCUGGUCCCCCCCAGGCUGGCAUACGCCCCGUGCAUCUUCGUGGGAGCCGUCGUGAGCAUCCUCGCCGCGUUUUUCGUCGGGCACGACGGCACGCUCGCCCUGCUGUGCAUGAUGUUCUCCGUGCUGCCCGAGGUGGGCUCCUUCGCCAUCCCCUUCGGCCUCGUCGCCGUGCUGAACAAGCGGGCGGAGAAGGAGGGCAAGCACGUCAGCACGGCCCUGCAGAUGGCCCUCCUGAACUCCUGCAUCACCGUGGGCCAGGAGAUCACGAUCGUGUCGACGGGUUCCCUGGAGAACGGCAGGUCUAUCGCCGAUACCCUGAAGAUCGAGUUCACCAUGGCGGGCGUCAUGCUGACGUUGGCCACCAUCGGCGCGCUGCUCCUGGAUGACAGUGACGAGGACGAGGAGAGCUCCGGUUCCGAUUCAGAGUGA